AUGGCUGAGGAAAACGCAGAUGCAUCACCAAGACAAGCUUCCCCUGCAUCUUUUCCUGGAGUGGCAGAGAUUAUAGAGAGUGUGGAGAUGUUGAGGAAACAAGUUACUGAUGGAUUAAAGGACAUAAGCGAGAAGCUCGAUGCACAAGAUAAAAGAAUCAGAGCUGUUAAAGCAUUUGUGAAGAAUGCACAAAGUAUACCUGAUAUGGAUGAUGAGUGGAGAGGUAAUGAUGUUGGUUAUGAUUUCAGUUUUGAUAGGGCUGGAAAAGAUCAAAGAGCAGACACUACUGGUAAAAGAGCAGGGGACACUACUGGUAAAAGAGCAGGGGACACUGCUGGUAAAAGAGCAGACACUGCUAGUAAAGGAGCAGAAGAAGAAGCAGGGAGUGUUGCUAAAGAAGCAGAAGAAGAAGCAGAGACUGUUGGUAAAGAAGCUGAAGCAGGUAAAGGAGCAGAAGCAAGUAACAAAGAAGCUGAACCAAGUGUGAUGGAAAUUGAAUUAGAGGGUGAGACUGAUGAGGUUGGUUGUGAAGAAAUUGAGCGUACUUCUAGUGUGGUGGUGAAGAGAGGAAAUCAGAAACUGAAAAUUUUAUCAUCUAAGAAGAAGAGGAUUUGA